AUGUAUGACAACGAAAACCGGGAACGAAACAAAGAAAGAACGGAAGAGAAAAAGAACGAAAAUGACGAAAAUGACGAAAAGAAGAAGAAGAACGAUAUCGGAUCAAUUGGAAUUGGGGCGAACGCGACGAAUACUUUUUUCUGGAUCAUCACUGGCCCGGAAUACUUCUUACUCACAACAUUCAUUGGGCAAUGCAAAGAAGAAUAUUGGGAUGGAGCAAAGGGAUGGAUGGAUGGAUGGAAGGAAGGAUUAGGGAAUGGGAAUGGGAAUGGGAAUGGGAAUGGUGUAGGACAUCUUUUUAAACAAUACAUAUCCAGCAACGGACAGGGGGAAUUUGGGAAAUCACAAGGACUGAGCAGGCAAGCAAUGAAUGGGAAAGGAAGGCGUUUUCUCCAUGAAUAG